GGUAUAAAACGGGACCACCGCAAACAACCAGAGCACACUUCGAUCAGACUUAAUCGAAAAGAUUCUAUAGAACUCCUUACAGAACCUUUUAUAAUUCUUCUUUUACGUUUUUCAGUAGUUUGAAAAGAGUUCGAGAUGUUCAAGCUGGUAGUACUUUCCAUUGUUGUCGCAUGUGUCUAUGCUGGAGUCGCUCCCAAAACCCCAGCUGCCAAAACCGAAGUCAAACCCGAAGUUCCCUCAGUGAAAAGCACCCCCCUUCAUCAGGAACAACAACACGAGACCAAAAAAUCCGAGGAUGUCAAAUCAGUUAAAUCACCCGAAGUAAAAUCGUCUCACGAGCAACACCACCACGACAGCAAAGAGAAGAGUGCUCAGAAGGCUCAGCCAAUACAAAGUGGUGAACAUCACCAAGUUAAAUCGGUGAAGGAUGAGAAAAAAGAUGACAAAGUUCAUCAAGUCAAACCUGUCCAUGGUCACUGAAUGAUGUUUGUUUGAUUUUAUUUUUUUCGUAUUGUUUUAAAGUUCCUUUUUCUUUAUUUUAUUUAGUUAUUUAUUUCUUUUUGUGAUUUUUUGGUUGUACUAAAAAUAAAGUUUUAUGUU